UAGAGGGGAAAAGACGUGACGCCAGCAGUAGCUCCAGCCUCUCUCCCUUGCGGGACAUUGAGUGGAGAGUUUAUUUGUUGUAAUUUGCUUGUUAUUCCUAUAUAAGUUGACCUGUUACUUCCAGCCUGAAAAUGGACAAGGAAUACUGCUCAUAAUCCCAACACUGCUUGGAUUUACCCUGUAGUUUUGUUUCUUAUAUUUUAAGUACUUAUAUUUUUUUAUCUCUUAACAGCAGGAUGCUUUCUGGUUUUCAGUUGCUGCUGAAAUACAGUGCAUUGUUAUUUUUUUGCUUGUUUUUUUAACAGUUUUAUUUUUCCCACACAGAGGACACUGUUAUCUGUAUGUUCUUUCUGUAGCAAGUAGAGCAGGUUGUGUCAGAAGUUCAAACCAUAUGUGAGGGGAGAAAACUCAUGUGUGAUCCAUCACUUCCUGAAUACAUUCUCUACUUCUUCCACUGUUUUUUCCCUUCUGACUGAGGAGUACGCUGGAUUUGUGGAUCUAUUUCUCUACCUGGACCUGACACCUUUGAGCCAUGCUGCUGUUCCUUCUGCUGCUGCUCUGCUUGGAAACUUCACUGCAAGAACAGACUGCUUCUCCUGGUCGGUGUGACAUCUCACAGAGGGAGGACGUGCACACCUCCUGCACUUCCUGGGCUGCCUGUGCCACCACCAACUGCCCCCAUGGCUUCAGCAAAGUGCGCACGAUUAACUGCAGUUAUGUGGUGCAGAUCGGCGGCAGGGAAAUGAAGCUUGAUGGGUGUGAGCACGUCUGUGUGAGGUGGUUCAUGGAGCCCCAGUGCUGUCCACAGCACUGGGGUCCUCUGUGCCUACCCUGUCCCAGCUGGUACGGGAAGACCUGUAACUUCCAUGGAAGCUGUUUGGGCGGAGACACGGGGAAUGGGACCUGUGUCUGUGACGAUGGCUUCUCUGGCUUUGCUUGUCAGGAGUGUAAGAAUCCAAACUUUUACGGAGAAAAAUGUGAUAAAGAGUGUGACUGUCUUCAUGGAGUAUGUAAUAAAGGUCCAGAUGGUGAUGGACAGUGUUGGUGUCAACCACCAUACACUGGAACACGCUGUGACCAAGUGAGUAGCAGAUGCAGUAACUGCAGCCCUUAUUCAUACUGUAAAGGAGAGGGAGAUGACGCCUACUGUGAAUGCUUGCCUGGAUACAGGAAGAUGUCACAGGGAAAAUGCACAAGUGUUUGCUCAGGGAGGGACUGUGACGUAAACGCCCAGUGCUCCUCACAGAAGUCAAAGGUCAGCUGUACCUGUAAGCCUGAGUAUGAGGGUGAUGGGAAAAUCUGCAUACCCAAAAACCCUUGUUCUCAGAACAAUGGAGGAUGUCCCAUUAAUUCCACCAUCUGUGUCUUCAAAGGCCCCAACAAGUCCACCUGUGAGUGUCUGCACGGUAUGUCCCCCACGGGUAGCAACGCUAAGUUUGGUUGCCAGCUGGUUUCUGCCUGCUCAGCGGACACCUGUGACCCCACAGCUGUCUGCCAAACUGAAAUGGAUGGACAACCCAGGUGUGUGUGUAAUGCGGGUCAGAUUGGUGACGGCUGGCGUUGUUAUGGUAACCUGAUGGAGCGGCUGAUAGAGUUGGACAGGAGUGGAAGCCAGAGAGAAAAUCUGACUGGAGCCAUUGCCCUGUUUGAGAAAGGCUGUUCACUGCUGCUGAGACACAAUGGACCCUUCACAGCUUUCAUCCCAGUGCUGAAAACUCCCCUUAUUGGUGUCAAUGAAGAGCUAAUUUGUAAAAACCACCUGAUUCUGGGUCAGCACCUCUACAAGAAUCUGGAGGGACAAGACUUCAACCUGUAUGGAGGAGCCAAGUUGAGGAACAAAGACAACAAGAGGUUCAUCCUGAUGGACGACCCCAGCAGACUGUACACCGUCAUCCAAGAAGACGUGGCAGCAGCCAAUGGAAUCAUCCACAUCAUUGAUCAGCCAAUCACAAGCUCACUUUCUGACAGGUCUCCUCGUGAUGAACAGUUUGCUGAUAAGACGAUCUAUGAGAUUCUUACUAAGGAUGAAAAAUACAACCGCUUCUUGUCUCUGGUAGAUAACUGUGGGUCUCCCCCUCCUCUGCGGGGUCUGGGACCCCUGACUGUGUUUGUCCCCACCAACCAAGCUGUGGACCGAGCCAGAGACGGCAGCAUCUUGUACAUGCUAAACGAUGCCAAACAUAAACUUCAGGAACUUCUCAGACACCAUGUUUUCUCCCAGGCUGUGUUGACAGUCGACGAGUUGGCUGCUCUUCCUCAGAUUCAAACAAUGGCCAAUCAGAUCGUCACCAUCACUGUGUCUGAUGAUGGUGCAAUCCUAUUGGGGGAGAAGGGCAUCCAUCUGAAGAGCACCAACAUUGUGGCAUCCAACGGGAUCAUCCAUAUGAUUGAUGGCCUUCUGUACCCACCCUCCAUCCUUCCCAUCCUGCCUCACCGAUGUGAUGUCAUCGAGAGCAAGAUCACUGUGGGUCCCUGUGUUCACUGCAGUUAUCUCUAUGAGACCGAGUGUCCAGAUGGCAGUGUUGAAAUGGACAGUCAUAUUGCCUGUGAUUACACCAUACCUCCCCUCAGAUCCAUGACAGGCUGUGCCAAACUGUGCAACACCACCAGACAGGUAGCAGAGUGUUGUAAAGGUUUCUACGGCCCGGACUGUAAACCCUGUAUUGGAGGAUUCCAGCACCCCUGCUAUGACAAAGGAAAGUGCUUUGACGGUAUCCAUGGCAAUGGCUCCUGCAGCUGUCAGUCAGGCUUUGAGGGUGUUGCCUGUCACAUCUGCUCAGAUCCAUCCAAGCACGGGGACAACUGUGAUGAGGACUGUCGCUGUGUCCAUGGUGUGUGUGAUAACCGUCCAGGCAGUGGUGGUUUGUGUCGGAGAGCUUCCUGUGUGGAGGGGUACUCCGGAGAAAACUGUGACAAGAUGGCCAUGCCUUGCAACUCUAACGGACUGCAUGAACACUGUCACAUCCACGCAUACUGUACACAGACAGGACUGCAUACUAUGUGUGUUUGUAGGGAUGGAUAUGAGGGUGAUGGUCAUUCCUGUUCUCCCAUCAACCACUGCCUGAAGAGCAACCGAGGAGACUGCGACACAAACGCAGAGUGUGUGUAUGUGGGUCCAGGCAAUGUGUCAUGUGUUUGUAUUGAGGGAUGGACGGGUGAUGGCAAAGUGUGUGUGGAGAUCAACAACUGUCAGCUGGAUAGUCGAGGAGGCUGCAGCCCCAACGCUGACUGUAGCCACAUUGGCCCUGGCCAGAGUGAAUGUGUAUGCAAAAGAGGUUACAUGGGGAACGGUAUUGUGUGUGACCUCAUUAACCCCUGCCUUGAGAAGAAUGGAGGCUGCCAUGACCUGGCAAAGUGUGAGCCGAAGGAGGGCGGAACUCACACCUGCACUUGUCCCGAUGGCUUCGCUGGAGACGGAGCCAUCUGCUAUGGGUCAUUACUGGAUGAGCUGGACAUGAACCCAAAGCUGUACAAUUUCUACAGACUGACUAAGGCAUACAGUCACUUGUCGGAGGACCUGAGUGGGAACCUGACAGUUUUGGUUCCAUCCAGAGAGGCUUUGAGAAACUUCAGUUCAUUUUCAGACUCGUUCUGGACCACCCGGCACCACCUGCCUCACUUCUUACGGGCACACUUCCUGUCGGGGAUCUAUUCUGUAGAAGAUCUUGACAGACUGGUGGGUAGCAGGCUCCCUACAUUGAACCCCCCCACAUUCUGGGAGAUCAGCAACAGCAGUGGGGUGAUCCACAUUGGAAAUGCCUCCAUCAUCACCCACAACCUGCCUGCAAUCAAUGGCUACAUCCACAUCAUAGACCAAAUUCUGUUCCCCUCCCGCUCAGACCUCCCCCCAGAGCCCUCCACCUUGAUGGAAUUCCUGAACUCCUCUUCCAACUUCACACUGUUUAGACAGUAUGCUUUGAUGUACAAUCUGUCAGAAGAUCUGAGUACUGUUGAUUUCACCCUCCUGCUGCCAACAGAUGAUGCAAUCAGGCAGCACCUCAGCAGGACCAACUCUUCCCUUCUGGAUUCAGAUGUGUUGAAAUAUCAUGUAAUCCUCAAUGACCUGCUCUUCCCUGACCACCUGUUUGAUGGCGUGUUAAAAAGCACAAUGCUAGGCACUGACUACCAGGUCCAGUUCCACUUAAACAACAACAAGACAGCUGUGAACGAUGUUCCUCUUGAUGGCAGUUUCAUUGAGACCAAGUACGGUGUCGUCAUCGUCCUCCCUCAGGUCCUCAGAAUCCAACGCAACAGAUGCAGCAAACAGGUCACCCAACAGGUCAAAGGAAGGUGUUCAGACUGUACAGGGCCACCUCGAUGCCUGUUCAACUACAACCCAGUCAGAAAACAGUUUCCAGCCAAAAUGCGACCCAACUGUAGCUACAGGAAGCGAGUCGGAUCCAGGAGGAAAUCAGAGCCAGGCUGUAUGAUCAACUGUCUUCGGUUAAUCACGGAUCACUCCUGUUGCCCAGGUUACUAUGGCCACGAGUGCUUCAAAUGUCCUGGGGACAUUGGCAGCUGGUGCUCUAAUCACGGGGAGUGUCAGGAUGGUAACCAUGGCAAUGGGGAGUGCCGUUGCUAUGAAGGUUUCCAUGGUACUGCAUGCGAGGACUGUGAGCCAGGACGAUAUGGAGUCAACUGCUCCUCAAAGUGUACGUGUGACCAUGGGAAGUGCGAGGAUGGUCUGACAGGAAGUGGCAGGUGUGUGUGUUAUAAAGGUUGGAAAGGAUCUUCCUGCUCUGUAGAGAUUAAGAACGAUGCCUGUGGAGGUGUGUGUGAUGAGAACGCAAACUGUAUUACAGGACCAAAAGGUUCAGCUGCUACCUGUGUGUGUGUUGCUGGAUAUGAAGGCAAUGGAACUUACUGCAAAGAGCUGGAUAUGUGCAGCUGGUCUAAUGGUGGAUGUUCAGAAUUUGCUAUCUGCACGAAGGUCUCAGCAGGAGAGAGGACCUGUACCUGUAGGGAGGGGUACACUGGAGACGGAGUCAUAUGUUUGGAGAUUGAUGGCUGUCUGAUCAACAAUGGAGGCUGUCACCCGUCAGCAGACUGCAUCAGAACUGGCGCCAACACUACGGCCUGCAUGUGUCGGUUGGGCUUUCAGGGAUCAGGGAGGUUUUGUUACCCUGUCAACCCAUGCAGAAAUAACAAUGGAGGCUGUAGUAAGUUUGCUCGCUGUGAGUACUUGGGUCAGGGCCAAAGGAACUGCACCUGCCUCAGAGGCCAUAUAGGAGAUGGUCUCAGUUGUCGGGGAAACACCAAUAAUGAGCUGUUCCGACAGCCAGAGAAUGCCUUCUUCCAUCGAAUGUUGUCUACGUCAAGCUCUCGUAGUCUUUUUGGCGAUGGACCAUUCACUGUCUUCGUCCCUGUAGAGGAAACCAACAACUCCACCUCUUUGGAUGAAUGGAACAGGUUUGGUCGUCUUGCUGACCUGGUUCGUUACCACGUUGUUUCCUGUGAGACUUUGACCUUGAGUGACCUCAAAACCACCAGGCUCGCUGUCUCAACAUCGGGACAUACACUGCAAUUCAGUGUGCAGCAGGAUUCAGUCUGGAUCAACAACAGGUCGAGGAUCGUGAAGAGUGAUUACAUCACAUCUAACGGAGUCAUUCACCACAUUGACACGAUGUUGACGCCCUACAGUCUGCAGGAGAAACCAAGUGUCCAGUCUAACAAAAUGAACUUCACAUCAGCAGCUGUUUUUUAUGGCUACAGCCGCUUUUACAAACUUGUGGAGGAUGCAGGAUUACUCCCUGUGCUCAAAAUGGACAUCCAUCAACCAUUCACCAUGUUCUGGCCCACAGACAAGGCCCUCAACUCGCUGCCAGCUGAAAGACAGCGCUGGCUCUCUAGCCCUGACCACCAAGACCAGCUAGCUGCCACUGUGAAGGCUCACAUUAUACGCAACUCCAAGGUCAUGAGUCUCAGUCAGCCAGAUAAAUACUCCAGCCUCCGCACCAUGCACGGAUCCACCAUCAAGUACAGCUGUGACAAGACUCUGGUGGGGGCUGUAUUGAUUAACGAUAACGCAGCAAGAUUAGUGGAACGCUACCUGGCCUUCAAAGAGGGCAUAGCCUAUGGCAUUGACCAGUUGCUGGAGCCACCUGGCCUGGGAGCACACUGCGACACCUUGGAGAACAGGACUACUUACGGACGCUGUGGACGCUGCCUCUAUCCUCCAUCUUGCUCCUUCAGACACCAAGACACGGGGAAAACGGAGCGUUGUUUGAACUUUCGCUCCAGGUUUGGGAGUGGAUACUCGCAUUGGUAUACUGACCUGGAUGAUCCAUUCAGCCGGAGGGGCUGUAAGAAAGUUUGUCAGUUUCCCUCCUGGGUUCAAAAGUGCUGCAAAAAUCACUAUGGCCGAGACUGUCAAGUUUGUCCAGGUGGCGUGGAGGCUCCUUGUGGUAACCACGGUGACUGUGAUGAUGGCGUGCUUGGUUCAGGGAGAUGUAGGUGCCAUGAAGGAUUCGAAGGGAAAGCCUGCGAAAUGUGUUCUGUUGGCCGUUAUGGCCCUAACUGCAGAGUCUGCAGCUGCAGUAAGCAGGGAAAGUGCGAUGAGGGCAUUGAGGGAUCUGGACGAUGUCUCUGUAACCCAGGCUGGAAGGGUGAUCAAUGCCAGACUGACAUAGGCUCAAUCCCAGAGGAGUGUCAGCAGUGCCACACUCAGGCCAUCUGUGUGCCAGAUGUUGGUUGUCAGUGUAAAUCUGGGUUUCAGGGGAAUGGCACCUUCUGCAGUCCAGAGCCACCUCCAGACCUCUGCCUGGAGUACAAUGGUGGCUGUCACCAGAAUGCAGACUGUAACCAGACGGGACUGCUCAUCAACUGCACCUGUCACAAUGGUUACCAGGGAGAUGGCUACUCCUGUGAGCCCAUUAACAGGUGUAUUGAAGAGGUGAACGGAGGCUGCAGUGACUUUGCAUCCUGCAAAUUCACUGGUCCAAAUGAACGUGACUGUGAGUGCUUGCCGGGGUACGUGGGUAACGGAGUCCAGUGUCUGGAGAAGGUAGUUCAUCCUGUUGACCGUUGCCUAGAAGAUAACGGGGGCUGUGACCCUGUGGCCGCCUGCAAGGACCUGCAUUAUCAUGCCAACACAGCUGGAGUGUUCCACCUGCGCUCUUCAGAGGGGAAGUACAAGAUGAACUUCAGUCAGGCUGAAGCUGCCUGCCAGGCUGAGGGAGCCACACUGGCCAACUUUAAACAGCUAGGAGAUGCACAGCAGUUGGGAAUGCAUCUGUGCGUGGCUGGCUGGAUGGAGGGGGGUAAGGUGGGUUACCCAACCCGCUUCCCUUCUGUCAGGUGUGGGGACAACCAUGUGGGCCUGGUUAUCUACAAAGAGCCUGUGGACCAGAGCAACAAGUACGACGCGUACUGCUACAGGCUCAAAGAUGUUUCAUGUGUGUGUCCUGCUGGUUACGUUGGAAAUGGAGAUUUCUGUAAUGGUGUCCUGACCAGUGUCCUCGCAACAUACAGUAACUUCUCCAUCUUUUACAAGUUGUUGUUGGACUAUAGCGGCACGUCGUUGGAGGGCAGACAGCUCAUUGAAUUCCUGUCUCACAGGACAUCUGAGGUCACGCUCUUUGUUCCUCAUAAUGCUGGCUUCACUGCGAACAAGACUCUGUCUGGUAGAGAUCUUGAGUAUCACAUCUCAGCCAAUCACAGCAUACGACCAUUCAAGGGCCUGAGACACCAGGAAGUCAUCAUAUCUAGGCUUGGGUUCAACCUGACUGUUACCCAUGGCAACAACGAGAGCUGUAAACUUGUGAACCAGCAGCUGCUGUUGGAUUGGGAUAUUCCAGCUGUGAAUGGGAUCAUCCACGUCAUCGAGGGCCCGCUGACAGCGCCCCCUGCACCGAUUCCUCAUCAUGCUUCCCGUGGCCACGCCCCUUCGAGUGGCACAGUGUCAGCCAUCUUGGUGUCACUGUUGCUGGUUUGUGUCUUGGCUACACUGGGCUACUACGUCUUCAGACACAAGACUGAUGCUUUCCGCUUCCACUACUUCAGAAAUGAAGAUGAGGACAGUUCAGCAGGCGGCAGUAUGAAGCCCACCCUGGUCUCCAUCCCAAACCCUCUGUACAGUGGCUCCAGAGCAUUCACAGAGCCAUUUGGGGAUGCUAGUCAGGGGUUGGAGCCAACAGAACCUGAGGAAUCUCCGAAUAUGCUGGAACUGGAUCAGUAGAACAAGCUGAACCAGUAAAACUGAAGCUAUGUUUUUACCUGUUACAGUUACUCAUUGGUUUUAUCAUGGCUCAACUUUUACUCAGUUUAUCACUAUCCAAAUAAGAAAUAAAAGUUGUCUUUUUACCGAACACAGACGGUCUCUAGGAGGAGAAUCAAAGCAGUAUUUUUUAUAGCAAAGAAUCAGAUGAUUUUGUGCAAUGUGAAAGUCUUUCUGGAAGUUCCAAGAAGCAAAAAUACACACAGUGUACUUUAUUAUGACUCAAUUCCGCACAUUGUGAUGCUGCUAGAAUUAUUCACUUAGAGUGCCACAUGUGGAUCAAUCCACCACUGACAACAGUUCCCAACAAAUUUGCACCUGUUUCAGUGAAAUUUGCUUCAAAUAACAACCACCUGUUCUGGUAUGCAACUGAAUGUUUAAAAAUGUAACUAUAUCUUUGUGAUCUUCUUUUAAGCUUUUAAUCUUCAAUGGAAACAAACAGGAUAGAAGGACUGUCAGCAUUAUCAUUUAACUUGCACAUACAGGAAAGCAAAAUAGUGCCACACUUGAGCAGCUGCAUUUUCCUCAAGCCAAAAUGUCCACCAUCAUUUAAAAUCGUAACCUCUGAGAAGACAUCAAACUUGAUCCCUCUGCCAAUCUGCUGCUGCUUUGUCAUUAAUCAUUGAUGGUGUUCUGUGUCAGCAGAAAGGCUCUGUGGGCAUGCUGAGUUUGUCAGAAAACAGUUGACUGACAGUGGAGGCAGUGUGGAGCAAAUCACUGCAUGCUUGUCUGACACUCAUGAUACCUGGCAUUAAGUUCCACAAAACAUAGCCUUUAAUCCUAAAAUCAGAAACCGUGAAAUAAACAAGUGCUAAUUCUGCAGGUGUCCAAGGAACAGUUCAAUACAGCUACAUCCAGCAACUGAUUAUCUUUAGAUAGAAGACAGGCAGCGAGGAAACAUUUACAAAAUCCAUCCACCAGCACGUCUAAUGUUCACUAAUUAACAUGUUAUAUCCUGUUUCUUAAAUCCAUAAAAGUGGUGGAGUGGCAGUCUGGCAUACUGGGCAAUUUUCUGUGGACCGACACACCUUUGCAGGUUGGUCGACAGCAAUGAAAAUAGUAGCUACAACUAGGGGCAGCAGCCCAUUGGUUAAUUUUCUGUAGUGACACUGAGCUGAAAUCUGUACUAACAAAAUUCUUGGUUUUGGGACAAUGAUUAAAAACAUUUAGAUAAUUGGAAUGUGGUCACUUCAGAGACAUUGAUAAAUUGUACAUUUAAACUGCUACUGAUUUUUUCUUUUAGGUGACUAAAAUGGCAUUUGCUUAUGCUCUGAUUCACAGCUGUACAUUUUUUGCUUAGCUUCCUACAACAGUAUUUCUGCUGUCCAAAGUAAACUGGGGGGCCAACUGUC